CCCCUUACCUACUUGUAUGAAUGUAUUGUAUCUAUUGUGUAUGUACCACUUCUCUUCUUCCUCCGCCUCUCCUCUCCCCUAAUCAAGUUUCUAACCAACUGCAUCACCCUUGUGUGUGUGAAAAUUAGCUAGCUUUACUGUGUGUUUAUCAUAAAGCUUUGAGCCUUUUUAUUUUUUCGACCGUGUGUGAAGAGUUUUACAAGUCAAACACCUGGGUUUUUCUGCUACACAAUAUAAGAUCUUGGAAGCCCUGUGAGUAUUCAGGUUAUGAGACCCAUGUGUUGUUUUUUUAGGUUUUGUGGGGUUUGACUAGGUAACAUAGUUUUGUAGGUUCUUGGAUUGAUGAAUUUAGGGUUGGGUUCUUGAAAGUUUGGGUCUUUUUGCUGAUUCGAAGAUAGGUUUUGCUUUUUAGGUAAAUAUUUGAGGUGGGUUGGUGGGGGUGUGAGGAGCCUCUCUCUGUUUUUUUUUUUGAGUUUUGGCUGCCCAUUUUUCUUUACUGCAAAGUUAGGGUUUCUUCUAGGAAUCUGAUGUUACUAUGGACUAGUGAGUGUUGCUGUUUUUAGUUAUCAAAACAUGGCUGCUAGUGAUAACCCGUGUUUCGUUGAGUGGAAAGAGCAAUUUGUAUCAAAAGAGAGGGGGAACCGUGUGGUGCAUUAUUACUUGAAAGAUGUUGCCGGGGAAUCUAUUCUUGCUGUUGUCGGAACUGAGAGAAGUGUUAGGCACAUGUUCUAUGUUGUCUCUGAGGAGUUCUUGAGUGCUCAUGGGGGUGAGAAUUCGGAUUAUUCUGGUUACAGAUGGAGAUCAAGGAGAGAGGUUGUGAAUUGGCUUACGUCUAUGCUGUCGAAGCAGCAUCGACUUGGCAAUUAUACCAAGACACCAAAAGGUGAUACUACGUCUGCUGCCCAACAGAUCCACAUGCCAGUUUGUAAGGGCCGCCAUUCAAGGAAUCUGAAAGUACAUACAUCUGGCAUUGCGUGGUCAGGUGAAUCAUGGGCAUGUGGAAAACAACUGAAACACUACCCAGCAUUUUGCAGGAAUGGGAUUACAAUUGCGAUACAAUCGUUUGUCUUUGUCAUGGCUGAAGAAGAUGACCACCACCUUGCAUAUCUCGAAGAUAUGUAUGAAGACAAAAAAGGCCAGAAGAAGGUCAAAGUGAGGUGGUUCCACCAUAAUCAAGAAGUCAAAGGUGUUGUAUCUAUACGGAAUUCUCACCCUAAAGAAGUUUUUAUAACACCCUAUGCUCAAGUAAUUAGUGUAGAAUGUGUUGAUGGUCCUGCCAUAGUUGUAACUCGUGAACAUUAUGACAAAUUUCUAGCUGUGCUCCCUCAAGACGUGAUUGAUAGAAUACAUCUGUGCUACAGACAAUUUAAAAGUAACCGUGUAAAACCUUUUAAAUUGAGUAAGUUAUGUGGCUAUUUCGACCAACCAAUUUUUUCAUAUCUGGAGCAUGAAUUUUUGGAAGAUGAUGAUUAUAAGCCACAAGACAGUAUAAAAGUUGGAAGUAAGCGAACCAGAAGUUGUAGAGGGCGUGAACUGGUGUCAUAUAAAUCAGGCCAAAACAUAAAGUAUGGUCAAAGAAAACUGAUCCGUUCAAGGUAUGCUGGAUGCCCAUCUAUCGAGACUCUACUCUUCAAGCCUGAUGAUAAGAUAGAGCUACUCUGCCAAGAUAGUGGGAUUAGAGGUUGCUGGUUUAAGUGUACUAUUUUGGAAGUCUCGCAGAAAAAGAUACGAGUUCGAUAUGAUGACUUGAAGGAUGAAGACGGGUCUGGGAAUCUUGAGGAAUUGAUCCCAGCAUUCAGGCAAGCAGAGCCCGAUAAACUUGGUAUGAGGCAUAAAGGGCGCCAAAUAAUUAGGCCCGCUCCUCACAUCGAAUCACACCUGGCUUUGGUGGCUGGAGCGCCCGUAGACGCGUGGUGGAGUGAUGGUUGGUGGGAAGGAAUUUUAAUUGGAAUCAGCAAUCCUGAAGAUGGAAUACUGCAAGUUUUCAUUCCAAGUGAAAACUUGUUUCUGAAUGUACAUGGAAAGAAUUUGAGAGCUUCAAGAGAUUGGGUAGGCAAUGAGUGGGUUGAUGUUGAACCAAAUGGCAACAUUGUCUCGGCCAUAUCUGCAGCCAUCAUUUCUGAUGCAAAGCUUUCUGCAACCUCCACUGUUGACGAGGAUAAGUCAGAUGAUUUUCCGGUUUUAGAUCAUAUGCAAUUAAUUGAUGCUGAAGGCAAAAUUGCUAAAGAAGAGAAGCAUGAUUUAGAUUGUUCGGCUCCCCAGGAUUGCUGUCCAGAAAAUGUUAGGGUUGAUUUAGCUUGUUCUCCACUUGAAGAUAAAAUUCUGGAAAAUAAUGUCAAUGAGGCGGAACUACUGUUGAGAGUCGAGGACAAGAAAGGUAAUAUUGAAAUCAUCAAAAACUGCCGCGGGGAAGAACCUGCAGAUUGUGCUAAUGAUCGUACCAUAGUUACCAGGAAACGGGUACGCCCCCACGUUUCGCGAAUCAGUUCGUUCGACCCAGAACACGGGUCGUUUCCGACCCAGGUCGCCGGAAUUCGCUACCGGUUCGUCAGUUUCGGCGACUCACAAAAACUCCGGCGACAUGGUAAGAAAAGCGAACAAGGAAUAAAAGGAAGGCCUACUAUUUACGGAGGGAAGGAACGGCACAAGAAAGAAGAAAGAAGAUGCAGAUCGGAAAAACACGCAGAAAGAGGAAGAUGAUGAACAGUUGUGUAUCUCGUGUGUAUCUAGUUAUAUGUGCAGUACAUUUUUAACCACACAUGUACAGAUGCACAGUAGUACUUAUUUUAAUUGAACUUUAUCCAAAUAUUGUUUUUAAUUUAUAUUUUUUUAGUGGAAGGAUUUAAGAGGAUGCCUCAAUUGCUGUA